GACCGAUCUUUGCAGCUUCAUCAUCAUCAUCAUCAUCAUCAUCAUCACCGGCAAAACGCAGAUAUAUAUAAUCACCCUAUUCCUCCUCACAAGAAGAACGAACUUCACAACAAAAAUCCCAAAUAAAAAAAGGAAUUCAACAAAUACAUAAAUUCUCCCUCCUUUUUUUUUUUUCUCUCCAUUGUGUUGAGAUUAUUAAUCGUAUACUCUCUUCCGGGCACAAAUUUUUCAUACACACUGCUACGAUUCGGUGCUCCGAUUGCGUCAUUCCGAUCUUUGUGAAUCUCCCACACUCUCUCUGGGAUCUCUGAUUACACUGUUGCCGGUUCUCUGAAAGGUUCUGCUCUGGUGCCGCUCGUGAGAUGGCGUCAAUGGCCGCAAAGAGUUGCAAUGUCAGUGUCAAUACUACUAGCCUAGUGUCUCCUUCAGUGCUUGUCCAGGAGAAAGCCAGUCGGAAUAAGAGAAAAUACCGGGCGGAUCCUCCUCUAAGCGACCUGAAUAGAGUCAUCCCUUUACCUCAGAGUGAUUCUUCCAUUUAUGAGUUCUCCGCUGAGAAGUUUGAGAUUCCACCGGCUCAGGGUCAGGCCCAGAGUAGUUCCUUUGACUUGUCUAAGGUUCAUCAAGAACUCAAUCCUGACAGCUUGAAGCUCGAUCUUGGGCUGCCGAGCUCAUCCGAAGUCCGGCCUGGGACUAGUCAACAGCCAAGGGAAGAGGUUGCUGAUGUUGAUGAAGGUCAGGAAGCAGAUUGGAGUGAUCCUGAAGAAACCGAACUAGAAAAGCUUGCACUGAGCAGCUUAGACACAAUCUUCAAGAGUGCGAUUAAGAAGCUUGUCUCGUGUGGGUAUUCCGAGGAGGUUGCUUUAAGGGCUGUGCUGAGGUUGGGUCUCUGUUAUGGUCCUAAAGACAUGGUGACAAAUAUCGUUGAGAAUACCUUACCAUUCCUGAGGAGCAUUCAGGGGAUGGUGGACCCUGCCCCAAGGGAUCACCACCAACACCAUUUCGGGGACUUACAGCAGUUGGAGAAGUAUGUUUUAGCUGAGAUGGUCUGUGUAUUGAGAGAAGUGCGGCCAUUCUUCAGUGUGGGGGAUGCUAUGUGGUGCUUGCUCAUAUGUGACAUGAAUGUAUCUCAUGCUUGUGCAAUGGACGGAGACUCUUUCAGUGGUUUUAAUGGUGAAGGGGACUCGAACAGGACUUCUUCUUCUACUUCUGCUUCUAAUCAGUCCAAGGAGAAUGGAGAUUCUCAGGGUUCAGAGUUUGGUCUUCCAGAUGGUUCGGCUCCAAUUCCCGCGGUUCCUUGCUCUCAUCAUCCGCGAGUUGAUGAACAUCAUGGUUCCUCUUCCUCACCCCAAACCAACAGACUAGAUGGCGAGGCCAAGAAUCUCACUCUUGAGGUGGUUGAAAAGUCAUUUAGUUCAUCUCAUUCUCAGCCUGUGGAAAAGUCUGUGAGCAAUAAAAAGGUCCUCUCAAGCAUCAACAAGAGAGAAUACUUGCUUCGACAGAAGUCUCUCCAUCUCGAGAAACACUCUCGGACACAUGGGUGUAAAGGGUCUUCGAGAGCGGGAAAGCUCAGUUCCCUUAGUGGGUCAUCAGUCUUGGAAAAGAAACCAAAGCCCGUGUCAGAUUCUAAUUCCAUCAGUUUAAAAACUGCUUCCUUGAAGAUAACUAAGGCAGUUGGAGUCGAUCUAUCUCAGGAGAAUAGCGCUGGUACUUCAUCGACCCUUGCAGGACCCUCGACUCCUGCCUCCUUUAAUCCCGAAACAACAGUCAAUAGUGUCCCUGAAUUGCCAAAAACUAGUACGGGGUCCCCGCCUGUGCUACCUGUUCUUAGUGCCCCACAUACAUUUUCAGGAACCAAUACUGAGCUAUCUCUUUCACUAACUGCAACCAGCAACUCUAAAUCAAUGCCUAUUGGCUCCAAAGAUGAGGGGCCUAAUUGUAACUUUGCAGGAAUACCGUAUGAUAAGUCUGCGGGCCAGUUCAUUCCUCGAGACAAGAAGGACGAGACUAUUUUAAGUCUAAUCCCGAGGAUUAAGGAGCUGCAGAAUCAGCUAAAUGGAUGGAAUGAGUGGGCCAAUCAGAAGGUAAUGCAGGCAGCUCGAAGGCUGAGCAAGGAUAAGGCCGCACUUAAACUGCUUAGGCAAGAGAAGGAAGAAGUUGAACGGCUCAAGAAGGAGAAGCAGAAUCUCGAGGAAAGCACAAUAAAGAAACUCUCGGAGAUGGAGAACGCUCUGUGCAAGGCCAGUGGACAGGUGGAGCGAGCUAAUGCAGCUGUGCGAAGGUUAGAAUCAGAGAAUGCUGCCCUGAGGCAAGAGAUGGAAGUGGCUAAGUUACAUGCCACGGAAUCAGCUGCUAACUUUCAGGAGGUUUUGAAGAGGGAGAAAAAGACGCUGAUGAAGUUUCAGUCAUGGGAGAAGCAGAAAGCUCUGAUCCAGGAGGAGCUCGCAACCGAGAAGGGAAAGUUGGGGAAGCUGUCACAGGAAGUAGAGCAGGCUAAGAAUCAUAAGAAUCAAAUUGAGGCUAGGUGGAGACAGGAGAAGAAAGCAAAGGAAGAUCUACUGGCACAGGGAACUCUAAUCCGAAAAGAACGGGAAGAAUCGGAGGCCUUUGCCAAAUCCAAGGAGGACAUGAUCAAGCUUGAAGCAGACAACAACUUCCACUGCUUCAAGGAAGACAUCCAGAAGCUCGAGAAGGAGAUUUCCGAGUUGAGGCUCAAGACUGACUCCUCGAAAAUUGCGGCCCUGAGGAGGGGCAUUGUCGAUGGCACCUAUGCUAGUCGAUUUACAGACAGAAAAACUCCACAGGCCCACAAGGAGGACCCCCCUGCUGCUGCCAUCGCUCCUGUGUCAGACCUCGUUGCAGACUUCAAGGACUGCUACUGCGUGAAGAGGGAAAGGGAAUGCGUGAUGUGCCUCUCAGAAGAGACGUGCGUGGUCUUCCUCCCAUGUGCCCACCAGGUCGUCUGCAAGACAUGCAAUGAGCUCCAUGAGAGGCAGGGGAUGAAGGACUGUCCAUCGUGCAGGUGCACCAUACAGCGGCGGAUCACCGUCCGUUAUGCCCCCUCUUGAUCAGGAGCCAAUCAGGCGGAGUGGAAAGGGAUGAGUUUGUGCUGUGAUUUUAAAAUCGGGAAUUCGAGUUGAGUGCCAUAAAUAAUGGUGUGAAUCGGACUCCUCAUCAUCAUCGUCCUCCUCUGGAGUUGAAUAAUGAAUGGAAUAUACAAAUAUCUUCUCUUCCCAUAUAUAUCAAAAGAGUUUUCAAAACUUUCAA